CCGUUGGUUUUUUCCCUCCAGAGUAUCAGUCAUCAGCUGAAGUCCAUCGGGAACAGUACAGUUUUCUCUAGAAACAACUCGGUGCAAUGAACCGUUUACUUCUGUUACUAUUUUGUCUUUGGUUUUCGGGUGAGCUAACACUCCAACAGCCACUCGAACAGCCGAUGAUGGCAAUGGUGGAAGCCGAAAAGGGCGAUCGGCCGAUACCGCGAAUCUACAAUACGCCACCGGAACCACCGGUAAAAGUGCUGCGUGAAGCCGGUCCCAUCACGGAGCGGGAAAGCAAGCAGCAUGGCGACGACGGCGUGGACGACGGUUUGCAGCAAUCCGAAUCGUACACGUACCGGUUCUACCGUCCACUCUACUACCCGGGUGUCUACUACUCCUACUACCCUCGUUACCGUUGGUACCGUCCGUACUACUACCACGAUUGGUGGUACUACUGAUCGCGCAGCUCACCAUCGCUCGCCAUUGCUGGCCGUGCUGUAAUUUGGUUUGUUUUUGGUUUCGGAUCGGUGGCACAUUGGAGGCUUGAGCCGCAUUAGUUACGCCUAGCACCGCGUCCUUGUGACGCAGAAGAUACUGUCUUUAGCCAUAGCCAGUCGUUAGAACGCUCUCACUGUCACGCUAGCAUGAGUUGCAAUAAAACAACAUAACCACGCGAUU